AUUCAAGACCUGAGAGCCAAUAAACUGAGUGGAGGUCAGAGGAGGAAGCUGACCCUGGCGAUUGCACUAUUAGGAGACCCCGAGAUACUUUUGCUGGAUGAACCAACGGCUGGCCUUGACCCGUUCUCCAGGCACCGUGUAUGGUCUGUUCUCAAGGAGCGCAAAGUUGGUCACGUCACCUUAUUCAGCACGCAGUUCAUGGACGAAGCUGACAUCCUUGCGGACCGCAAGGCUGUGCUCUCCAAAGGGAUGCUGAAAUGUGUUGGUAGCUCUUUUUUCCUAAAGAGAAAAUGGGGCAUUGGAUAUCACUUGAGGAUGCAAGUGACCCCGUCAUGUGACACAGAGGCCCUCACAUCAUGCAUAAAGCAGCACAUUUCCAAUGCCAAACUCAGCACUCAGAAUGUGGAGGAUUUGACUUUCACCCUGCCAUUUGAGAGCAUGGAUGCCUUUGCAGCUCUGUUCUCUGACCUGGAGGGACGUGUUGGACGGGACAUUGUAAGUUACGGGGUCUCUGGUACCACGCUGGAUGAUGUGUUUCUGAAACUGGAAGGAGAGGCCGAGAUUGAAAAAGGAGAUUAUGGUGUUUUUGCCCAUGAGCAAAAUGAAGAAGAAGAUCACUUCUCCUCGGAGCCGGAGGAUUCGACCCUUCUGAUGUCGGACUCCGGUACACCCACCAUCAGCGGGAUGGCGCUAUGGAGACAACAGGUGCGGGCUGUGGCGAGGAUCCGAUACCUGAAGCUUAUCCAUGACAUGAAAGGCUUUCGGUCCAUACUUCUUCUGCUGGUCCUGUUCAUCCUUCCCCUGGUUACCACCGUCAUAUUGAGUGACAGUUUAAAGUCCAUCAAUACCUGGGAGCUGACUCCACACCUUUACUUCCGAAGACCCGGAGAUCGGGCCUACAGAUAUUUCUCCAAUCUUCUGCUUGUCAACACCACUGGUCUCCCCAUUGAAAAUCUGGUUCAUGGUGUCAUGGCUCAGGAUAUCGCUGUGGAUGUUGUGGAUGGUCCAUAU